AUGGAGAAGCACCUUAAGCACUGGAAAUUAUGGAGUUGGAUCUGCUUGGUCAAUGCUUGUGAAAACAAUUUCAUGGGCAUGGAAUGGUUCACGCGGAGUGAAGACCAAGUGCAUGAUGAGAUGACUAGUAUUUGGGAUGAGAUGCUUUUUAACCUGGAGUUGAGUAAAUGCUUGCUGCAACUACUAGCCAUGGGUGUAGGAUACAUUGGAAAUGAGAAGACAAUCCUGUGGAUGGAUCUAAAAGCAGAUGAGCUGCCCUCCAAGGUCUCACAUUCUAAGCUCAGUGACAAGUGUUUGAAGUUUGCGUUAUGUCUUGGUGUUUAUCUGAUGGAUGUGGGCUACAAGAGGGCUUACUGUUCUAUUAGGCAUUGGAAUCUUUGUAUUUGGAGAUAUAUUCUAAUGUGUUGCGCCUCUAGCAUUGGUGAAUUAUCAAGAUUACUUCAGUUUAUUCAGAAGUUUUCAGAAAUAUCCAUGCAUCUAUUCCCAAUGAUAGCCGGAGUGCUUGUUGUCAUUAGUCAGGAGAAUCCAGAAGGAAAAGGUUUCAUUCUUCAAGCACUACGGUGGUGCUUCUCCUUGCAGCUGUCAAUGGCAACCCAAAUGCAAUGGUUGGAUUCAGAUAAUUUAACUGAGUGUGGGGUUGUUGGUGCUGUCUCUGCUAGCUGUGGAUUCGAGUAG